UAUUCUAGAAAAUAAAUGACUUAAUUUAAUUUUCAUGAAACAGAAUCAACUUUAUGCUUACAGUACUAUAGGCUAAUAAUGUUGCAGAGCUAGAACCAAACAGAUAAUUGAAGGAAUAGAAGGUAAGCGUUUGGAGACAACAUCACAACACAUCAAAAAAUUAUUUACCACGUGGCACGUGGUACGACACGUGGAUUGACAGCAGAUGCAACAGAAUCUGCCUAAUGGCCAUGAAGCAUCUGCAUUAGGCAUCAUCGAUAUCUCCCAGACCCAGUAGCAUCCGUCCACCGCUUAGUGGCAUCACUGGGAUUCGCGUGCAAACAAACACGUCUUCCUUCAUCAGCAUGUCUUCCACGUGUCAAACCAUCAUCUCAUUACAAUACGUGGCAGUCAAUGAGAGAAAAGUUUCUUCCUUACGUGUCAUGUUCACUGGAUUGAAGCAAUUUGUAUGAAUGCAAAUCUUCUGCCCCGAAUUGGUGCCCCAUUUCCUGCCCCCUUUACAAAAUUAUGCCAUCUGUCCAAUAAAUGGAAGUUUAUUAACGGCACGUUAACUCCCUUCUUUUUUUUCUUUUCCAAUGUUUUCAAUCGUUACUCUCCGGUUUUUGCUCUUUGCUUCUUCUUCAGUCAUGGUGGAGGCUUCAGACAAUAGCAAGUUUUAGUUUUCGCCUGGUUCUUAACCGAGGAUGACUUGUUCAUGAACAAGAGUAAAGCAAAGAACAAUCUCAAGGAAGAUUGUUUUGGAUUAGACCACUUAUGCAUGGACAAAAAGAAAGCUAAGAACAAUCCCAAGAAUUCCAAAGUUUUGUUUUUUGAAAAAUAAUUAUUAACAGAAAGUACAUACAGUGCCAUUUUUUUUUGACAGGAUUGACCACAUUUUUAUGGAUGUUCUCUGCUCUAAUAAUGUUAUUGGGUUCAAAUUUAGCAAAAUCAAUGAAAUGGUUGUUUUUCAGAAAUAAAUACCGUAAUGGUGGAAUAGCACAGAGCUUAAAAAUUGGGGAAAAAGAGAAGAAAAAGCCGCACUUGAUCAUCCUCUUCAUAUCUGGGUCUCAAGCAACUUCAUUGGUCACAAUAUUUGACAUAGAGUGAACCAGACUGAUGCAAGUACAAGCCACAUAAUCAUAAGCUUGAAUUUGCGUAUAGAAUAUCAAAAUCAAAAAAUUUGGUUACACUUGGGAUGAAAACAAAGACUCUGCUAGACGCCCGACAUAUUCAGUCAUAAGCUUAAACCACACCCAAAAAUCAUCCCACAGACAAAAUAUCCCUGAACAGCAAAAGAGUCAAAAACACAGAAUCUUCAAGAGAAACACAAUGAGUAGAAAGACCAUCCUCCAUUCCCUUAGCAUGAUAUAGAAAUAUAAAGAGCGAAAGAUCAUACAAGUAUUCCUCGUGAAUAUGCAUUUAUAUGUCAGAGUUGAGUUGUUCUUGUAUUAUUGCAGUGAGUUCCUGUUUGAGGUUUGAUUGAGAUUGAAAAAGCAAUGGCGACAAGGCAAGAGAAAGAGCAAAGAGCAGAGGCAGCAGCGAGACAAGCAGCGGAUGAUCUUCGGGAUGUUGACAGAGGAAGACUCUAUGACGAAAGAGUUGUAUACAAGGAGGAGUUGGAUCAAUCACCGCAGCAACAGCAACAAAGGCCAGGAGUUUUUGGAACCGUGUUGAGGGCUGUCGUUGAUAAGAGACACGAGGCAGAGGAUUUCACAAGGGAAGGAACCGAUCUAGCUGCAGAGAACACGAGGGAGACCAAAGAUGAAGCAGCGGAGAGGGCUAAGGAGUACAAAGACAAUACCACUGUGAAGGAGAAGUAAACUACGGAUGAAGCUGAGAGGAAGAUGGGGGAAUACCAAAACUAUGCAGCCGAGAAGGCGAAAGAAGCAGCUGAAGCAAAGGACACUACAAAGGAAAAGACUCGUGAGUAUAAGGAGUAUUUAGAGCAAAAGUCCAGGAAGGCAUCUGAGCAGGCGAGUCAGGCAUCUGAGAAAGCGGAGGAGUUAGCUCAGAG